AUUUUAAAGCUGAAUAAGGAACAAGAAUGUUUUCUUUGGAUAAGUUUAGAGAUAUCGUCAACGAGCAGUUUGCUGCUGCAGCUGAGGAAAUAUGUGACGAUGCUACAAGAGCUGCCGUCGAGAACGAGGCAGAGAUCGACCGUCAGCGCAGAAUGCUGCCUUACAUCAUCUUACACAGAAUAGUCCAUGCUGUCGUGAUGCCAGAGAGGACACAGGGAAUGACCGCCCAGAUGUUCUGCAGUUGGCACUGGCGGGAAGAUGAAACAUUGCCUCUUCAAAGAGGCAGUUACGUCCCACACCAACAUGUGUGUAAGGAGGAGGAGGUUGAGCAGCAGCUCUGUCACCAGAAGAGGAAGUCCAGUCCAGACCAGGAGGAGCCAAAGGCUCCACGGAUGAAAGAGGAGCAGGAGGGAGAGUGGAUCAAACAGGAGGAGACUGACACAUCAGCUUUGAAUCUGCACAUUAUUACAUAUACAGACGUCCCAAAGCAACAUGUGUGUAAGGAGGAGGAGGUUGAGCAGGUGCUCUGUCACCAGGAGAGGAAGUCAAGUCUGGACCAGGAGGAGCCAGAGCCUCCACAGAUUAAAGAGGAGCAGGAGGAAGAGUGGAUCAAACAGGAGGAGACUGACACAUCAGCUUUGAAUCGGCACAUUCUUACUCACACAGGUAUAAAGUCCACCUGUGAUACCUGUGAAAGAUCAUUCACACAUGAAUGUAUUUUGCAAAGGCACCUCAAAAUCCAUACAAGUAAAAAAACACAUACCUGUACAAUGUGCGACAAAUCUUUCAGACAUAAAAGUUCUUUGACAGACCACAUGAGAACACACACAGGUGAGAAACCUUACUCCUGCAGCACCUGUGGAAAAAGAUUCUAUAGGAAAUCACAUUUGAAUAAGCACAUUUUUUCUCACACAGGUACAAAGCUGUACACCUGUGGCACCUGUAAAAGAUCAUUCACAAGAAAAAGUCAUUUGGAUAGGCACUUAAAAAUCCAUUCAGGGGAAAAACCACAUAGCUGCACAUUGUGCAACAAAUCUUUUGGACAAAAACACGAUUUGACUGUCCACAUGAGAACACACACAGGUGAGAAGCCUUUCUCCUGCGGCACUUGUGGAACAAGAUUCUGCAGGAAAUCACAUUUGAAUCAUCACAUUCUUAUCCACACAGGUACAAGGCUGUUCACCUGUGAUACCUGUGGAAGAUCUUUCACACAACAGUGUAAUUUGCAAAGUCACUUAAAAAUACAUACAGGUGAAAAACCACAUACCUGCACAAUGUGCAACAAAUCUUUUAGACAUAAACGUAAUUUGACAGUCCACAUGAGAAUACACACAGGUGAAAAGCCUUUCUCCUGCAGCACCUGUGGAAGAAGAUUCUGUGAGAAAUCAAAUUUGAAUAAGCACAUUCUUACUCACGCAGAUACAAACCUCUACACCUGUGGCACCUGUAGGACAUCAUUCACAAAAAAAAGUCAUUUGGAUCUCCACAUAAAAAUCCAUACAGGGGAAAAACCUACCCACUUAAACAAUGUGCAACAAAUCUUUCAGACAUAAAAGUGCUUUCACAGUCCACAUGAGAACACACACAGGUGAGAAACCUUUCUCCUGCAGCACCUGUGCUCUCUGAUUGGCCAGUGCUUCCCAUCUCUGGACAAACAACAAAGCCAGAUGAGUCAUAAAUGACUUGUGUUCUCUCUGCAGGACUCAAACUGUAUGGAUUGGAAAUCCCAUAAAUACUGUAAGCAUAAGUUUGUUCAACAGGACAUUUUCAUAUUCUUCUUAGGUAGAAGAAUUGGAACACAAUGAUAUGUUUCUGAUGUUUGUAACCCUCAAAUUAAAGAAGAACCAAAAGCCUGAGUUUUAAUCAGAGUCUUCCAUGGACCAACAGGGCCAUCUAAUGACCGGUAUCGGUCACCACACAUCUCCACAUGGCCGACCUUCUUUAUGUCCUUAUGUCCAAAUGCUUAUGCAUGUGCCAAAUGCUUUCAGUUAUAUUGUUCAUGUUGAACUGUGAUGUGAUAUUAUUCUAGAACAGUGGUACUCAACCUUAUUCUACCCAAGAGCCACAUUGUCUUAAAAAUACUAUUACAGGAGCCACCAUCCAAUACCAGGCAUGUGAUAAUCACUCUAUCAAUAGUUGAAAUGAAACAGUGAAUUGGUGGAUUAUUGUGUUGUUAAAUGGGAUGAAAUAGGCCACAUUAAAUGUCUGUUUAGUGUCAGAAGAAAGGAUAUUUCACAGAUAAUAAGCUUAUGUUUUUAUUUACAUAAGUUCCAUCUGGACUAAAGUCUUUUUAAAAUAUUGGAUUGUGCUGACUUUGAGCUAUGAGAAACUUUCAAAGAGCUGAUGAAUUAUGGGUGUCUGUUCGGGUACUUAUAUUUCAUAUUUUUUACAUUUACUGUAGUUCUGUGACUCUGUUAA